UGGAAGUAUUUCUUUGUGGCCACGAUUGUCAAGUCAUAUCCAGAUGAUGGGUGCAACUUCGCUGUUGGACACUCUACAUGGACAUCCAGAUGCCGUGGCUAUCUUCUGCGCUGGUGGAGGACCACGACUGACCCGCAGCCAGCUCAGGAAGCAAGUAAUAGGUGUUGCAAUCAAGCUACGCAAGAGUGGGAUUCGCCCUGGGGAUGCUGUCAGCAUCGCUGACACCAACACGGUCGACUUUGUGGUUGCUUUUCUGGGAGUCACCUAUGCGCGUGCUGUAGCAGCGCCCCUGAACUCAAACUACACAGCGGAUGAAUUCAAGUUUUACAUGCAAGAUGCUGCGUCGAAGCUGCUGUUGGUUCCUGUGAGGGGGAACAAGGAGGCGGAGAGUGCAGCCUCAAGCUGCAACAUCCCAGUUGCUUCUGUCUCUGUUUCCUGGACAGACGGUGGUCUGUCAACCGUUCUGACAAGGAAAUCAGGCGAUCUGUCUUUCGACACACGUGGCGCCAGGGCAGAAUUGGAAGAUCCCCCACGUGGCGAUGACGUUGCGCUGUUUCUGCACACUUCUGGGACGACCUCUCGGCCAAAGGGGGUUCCGCUGACGCAUGCCAACCUGGCAGCCAGCCUGGCCAACAUUGUGGCCACCUACGAGCUGACUCCCAGCGACCGCUCUCUGCUCGUCAUGCCCCUGUUCCAUGUGCACGGCCUCAUGGCAGGACUGCUGGCGCCAUUUUUGGCGGGGUCGGCAAUCAUUCUGCCGGUGGGAGGGAGAUUUUCGGCGGGAACCUUCUGGAGGGACGCCAUCGAAUUUGGCGCAACCUUCUACACGGCUGUGCCCACCAUGCACCAGAUUCUGCUCGCGAGGGCGGAGAAGGACUACCCAGCGAACAGCCCUCCGCCGCUGCGCUUCAUCCGCAGCUGCUCCUCCUCGCUCGCUGCCCCCACCCUGCACAAGCUGGAGGCCACCUUCCACGUCCCAGUCCUGGAGGCGUACGCAAUGACAGAGGCGUCGCAUCAGAUGACGUCCAAUCCGCUGCCCAAGAACGGCCCCCACAAGGCCGGCACGGUGGGCCGCGCGCAGGGCAGCGUCCAAGUGACCAUCCUGGAUGACCAAAACCGGCAGCUGCCCGUGGGACAGAUUGGGGAGGUGUGCAUCCUGGGGCCCAAUGUGACCAAGGGGUACAUCAACAACCCCAAUGCCAACCAGGAGGCCUACGCAGGCGGCUGGUUUCACACGGGCGACCAGGGCUUCCUGGAUGAGGAUGGCUUCCUGACACUGACCGGCCGCCUCAAGGAGCUCAUCAACAGGGGCGGAGAGAAGAUCUCUCCUCUUGAGGUUGACAGUGCGCUGCUGGGCCACCCACUGGUGAACGAGGCAGUGUCCUUUGGGGCACCGGAUGAGAAGUAUGGCGAGGUUGUGGCGGCCGGCGUGGUGCUGUCAAAGCCUGCAGACGACGAGGCUGCAGUCAUUGCCGACAUCAGGAAAUUUGCUGCAACCAAGCUGGCCAAAUUCAAGGUGCCAGAGCAGAUCUUCAUCACAGACAAGUUGCCGAAGGGUGCCACUGGCAAGAUACAGCGGCGCCACAUGGUGGGCCACUUCAUUGGCAAAGGAGGCAAGGGGGGCGGCAAGCUUGAGGGCGGCGUGGAGAGGAAGGACACCGCCUCAGGCAAGCCGCUCUUCCACUCCAAGCUGUGAAAGGGAGCGAGAGGGCUGGCCUUUGAAGUAUUUGUCCGAUCGUGAGUUGCGACUGGGAGGAACACGUGAGGUGGAAAAAGGAACAACUAUCAGAUUCCGAGGCAUCAUGAGCAGAAACUGCCUUAAAAUGUUGAAGUUGAGCGAGGGCCUGACAGUGUCAUGUACAGUGGUCUAAAAGAAGUAAAAUUUUCCGAGAUGUGUAGACAGACAAGUGGGCCGCAGCACCUCUUUGUGCAGUGGUUCGGCGAUUGUCAGCAAUUUAUUGUAGAAGUAGUAGGCCGUGGCAAUGCAUGCAACGUGCUUGCAGGAGAGUAUGUAUGAUAUCAAUCUGUCGGUGUAAUGAUCUGCAGUCAGCAC